AGGCCGACGUCUUAUCGAGCUAAAGGAAAGGUUGAGACACGCCAUCAAACUUGUAGCUCAGCGUACAGAAGUAGAGAGAGAAAGAUAAUCGGCAAGCACACGCAUACCACUAUGCACAGCUACACAUGGACCGUCUUGCGGGCAACUAUCUGAGCAACGGCGACGUCGCGAAUGCGUCCUCUCUGUACAACUCACUGGAAAAGCUGAACCCGACGAAGUACAAUCGUAUGGCGCGCAUCUGUCGAGUGCUGUCGAACCCGCAAAAUGUACCGUUGCCGUUUCGCUAUGACGACAUCUGCGAGGCGCUCUUGGACCCCACCGUCCCCCCAGAGGUGCUGCUGCGCAGCAGUGCCGAGGACGUCCAGAAGUCGUUUCAGCGCUUAGCCGUGUGCGUCCACCCCGACAAGAAUCCAAAUGCACGGGCAAAGGACGCGUUUCUUCGUCUGACACACAUGAAGGACAAGGCGCUGCAGCUACUCCGUGAUAAAGCUGAUGUGCGCGAUGAGGAGUCGGCACCUGCGGCGCAGCGGCACAACGUGAAGGCGGCACCCGCUGGCGUCAAACGACCGCAGCGGCCGCCUCUUGCUGGAUCGAACGGCUCAAACGCAGCUGCAGCGAAGAAACGGCCCGCCAAACACACAACGCCGCCUCUGACACCGUUGCCGGAGCUGCAGGCCGCGGCAAGUGUCUCAUCCGGACUUGAUCAGCUGCGCCAGACCACCAUAAAACUAAACUGCCUGAAGCGGAAAGACAUAGCGGACGACUUUGAGAUAUUCAGCGUCACGCAGCGCGCCGUCCCAGGCUCGGCCUUCGAUAGCCCAGAGACGAGUUCGGCGGAGUGCGGCGAGGAACAACUCGCCUUCACAGUGCCGGUGAUGCCGCGGGGAAAAAAGGCGCCAGUAGGUGCCCGUCGACCGCCUCCGUUGAAGAGGGCAGAGAAGCAGCCGCCCAGCGUGUUGCAAGGCCUCACAUCUUCUCUGCCGCGGUCGCCCUCUUCGUAUCCUUCUCUUACCUCUUUUACACCACCGUCCGGCGCUUCACCUGUGGUGUCGCUCCAGCCGUCGCCACCGCCGCCCUCAGCGCUGCCUCCAAUUGGAGAAACAGCGGAGCAGCACGACACAGUUGCCGGUGCACAAGGCAAAAUGCCGGCAGAAGGCUCUCGCCCGCUGUCAGCCACCCUCACAAGCGACGACGCCAUCCGACAUGAAAUUGACCAAACGUGUCUGCGCCUGCAGGAGAUGCGGGUGCACAACACGAACAUCAAACUGAGACUCGAUCUCAGUUUUGAGGCGUAUCAGCGCGGUCGGGAAGGUCAGUGA